AGAAAUUUAGAAAGGAUUAUACUACCGAUUAUGACAUUCCUGCUGCUCCUAGCAUUCAUAGCCCUCGUGUGGAUGUACAAAUACAGAGGUAAAGUAACAAAUUUCCUCCUUAUUUUAACAUACUAUAUUGGUUCAAGAGUUACGGGGAAAAAAUUUAGUGUCCUUGUAGGCAAUUGGCGAAAGAAGGAAAACCAGAAGAAACUGAAGCUUGGAUACUUUAGCACAUCCAACCAACUCGAAGAUGAAAAUACAGAAGUUCCAUUUGUUAGUUUUGAAGACACCCUUUUGGCAACAAAUUGUUUUGCUGAUUCCAACUUGCUUGGACGCGGAGGCUUUGGCAAAGUCUACAAGGGAACACUCAAAGGUGGAGACAAUGUUGCUGUUAAAAGGCUAAGUAAGGGUUCUGGACAAGGAGCAGUCGAGUUUAGAAGUGAGGUAGUUCUAAUUGCCAAACUGCAGCACAAAAACCUAGUCCAACUUCUUGGGUGUUGCAUUCAUGAAGAUGAGAAGUUACUAAUCUAUGAAUACUUACCUAAUAAAAGCUUGGAUGCCAUUCUUUUUGGUAUGUGCUUUUUUUAUUGCACAUCGCAAAAUUAUUUAAAUUCACCGAAAAGGCAUUGAUGAUGACAAGCUUCGUCUCUUAUGAUAGAU